GAUAAGAACCGAAACCCUCCUGUCAGAUAGAGGGCGAUCGAUCCGGUGAGAGAAGCGAUCGGAGAAGGAAGAGGAAGUAGAAGUCAGAAAUGAAGUUUGUUAUGGAGUUCGCUGAGGACCUGAUCCUGCGGUUGAUGGAGGACCCGAAGAAGAGGGACGAGGCGCAGCGGCAGCGCCUCUACGCGGUUGCGGAGCAUUGUGAGAAGGUGAAGGCCUGCUGGGCGCUCCCGCUUCGCCCCUUCGGCCACUGGAACUUUGAACACUUCAAUUCCCAACUCCGCCGGGACGCCCAUAUCAGCCAUGUUCCCGGCCGCCGCGAUCCCUACGAUGAUCUUCUCGUCUACGAGACAUCCGAUCUACCGCCCUCUUCCUCCACUUCCAAGUGAUUUAACUCGAUCAUAUCCGUCCGGAUAUCCCUUUGGUUUUCUCCAAGACAUCACGGCGAGGGUCCGUAGAAGCCUGUAAAAACAUGGAGAAUGAAUGCUUUUGUUUUCUGCAACUUUAAUGUGUAACAAGCAUCUAUUGGUCGUAAUGAACCAACGUUGUCUGUUCAUGGACAUGUUUCAUUAGCUUGGAUGCUCAAAUAAGUACCCUCAAUGUGUUUUUUCAUCA